AUUCUAUACGGUCCAAUAAAUCGAUUCUUUUAUUCAAAGUGUUAUCACAGACAAAGACACCGGAAAAGGAAAUAUUUUUUUAUGUCCACUCACCUACUGCACAUUUUAAGAUAAUCUUUUUUAUAUUACGACAAAAGGGAUUAUCAACUACAUUAAGGAAACAUUUUUUUAAAAACCCUGACAAAUAUACACUCUUUAUGAAAUAAAUCAGAUAAUUUCUAUUUGUCGUCAGUUAGGCAUACCUGAAAAUACUAUACCCAUAGAGCAUCACGUCAGAUGAAAAUAUUUACAAAAGGGUGUCUCGUGUUCUCUCGUUCUAAAAAUACAAAUGAUCCGACAAAGGUUUAAAUACUUUAGAACAUUCCAUUUGAAAAUGGAGGAAGAAGACGUGGAACGAAAAAAUAUCGCUUUCAGCGUUAUGCUGCCCUCAAAAGGACGCAACAGAAGGAUAAGAAAGAAGUCGUUUACUGAGGCUGUCAAAGAAAAGUACUGCAUGAGUGACCCCAAUAAGAUAUACACAUCAGGGUUUGUAAUAGACAUCAAAGUGACUGGCAAGCCGAAGACGAGCGAUUCGGAGGCAGAAUUGGCGUAUCUGAGAAAUGUGGUGUUGAACAACAGUUGUGUGGGUCAUGCUGGUGUGCCAAGUGAGGGAUUGUCCAGUCUCUGUCCCAAUGUAGUUGACCUUGACCUUUCCAGCAAUGACCUUACCGACUGGAAGGACAUGUUGACCAUCCUGUCUAACCUUCAGUGCCUUAAGUUUGUCAACUUGGCAAGAAACAAACUUCAAAAUAAAGAGAACACCAUUCAGUCGUGGAACACUCCUCUGCCCCAGAUAGAGAAUCUGGUUUUGAAUGGAACAUUUAGCAGCUGGCAGGAUGUCAUAGACCUGACCAAAAAGAUUCCCUCUCUGACAGAGCUACAUGCUUGUGAAAAUGAAUAUGAAGAUUUAGAUCAUCCAGAGGAUGCCUACAAAUGUUUACAAAACAUCACCUGUCUUAGACUGAAUAACAACAGACUCAGAAGUUGGGAAGAAAUUUGGAAAUUGAAACACCUGCCCCAGUUGGAAUCUCUGAUUCUGUCUGGUAACCCCAUCCAACACAUAUUUUACAAAGAGGAGGAGGAAUGUAGAAUAUGCUGUCUGGAGAAUCCGGCAGAAGAGAUGGAGACUGAGAGAGAUAUUUCCAUGGAGAUGCAAGACAUAGUGGAAGACAUUGUCGGUGACGUUCUGCAGAUGGCAGACAGCAUGGAAACAAAAGAAGGGGAGGAGUCAUCGAAGAGCACAGAGUGUCAGCAUGGGGACCCUUUCUCCAGACUCAAACUGAUCUGUCUGAGUGAAACUCAACUCGAUAACUGGACUCACUGUGAUGAGCUGAGAAAGUACCCAGCACUCAAGUCUCUCAGGAUCAAGGACAUUCCUCUGGUGAAGAAACUAGAUCCAGAAGAAAGAAGAAAACUGCUUGUUGCUCAUAUGCCCAACAUAAUGAUCUUGAAUGGAAGUGAAGUAACAAGUACAGAGAGAGAUAAGUCGGAGAGACAUUUUAUUCGUUAUUUUAUGGACAAAGGGAGCAAGCCAGAAAGAUUUUUUGAACUGGAGGCCAAGCAUGGUAAAAUCACACCCCUGAGGGACAUAGACAUCAGUGGGGGAUACAAGGAGUGGAUCAAUGUCACCUUCAUUUUCAAGGACAAACGGAUAAAGGAGAAAGUCCAUGUUGUGGAUCCCAUAGGGAAUCUCCGACUCAAGGCUGCAGAAAAAUUCCUCCUCUAUGAUUCGUUGCUUACCUUUAAGCUGUACCACUUUGCCUGUGGACCUCACCACAGGGAGGAAGACCAGACAUUCGAGGAACUCUGUAAGCAGACCCAGUCCCUCCCGAUCAGUCGAUUCGACGUCAUGGAUGGAGACGAACUCUACGUGGAUGCGACGGAUAACGUAUUUCAGAAUGCGGAUGGAAGUCUCCAGUACUUACAGAUUUACAGUUACAUUGCAAAGUAGAGAAGAGUUCCGACCACUCUUUCUGUUAUUGACCAUGGUGUGAUAACAUUUGUCUUGUUUAAAGUAUCGUUGGAAGCUCUUUCAAAUAUUUCUCAACAAACUUGAUUCUUAUCAAAAAAGCAUUUCAAAAAUCGUUCGAAAAUAAGAAUUCUGAAACUAUGGAGUUAUUUAGGUUGAAAAGUUGAUGUAACAUUCUUACAUGAAUCAUUAGCAUUAAGGGCAUUUUAAAAAAACUAUUAUAUACACAAUAUAAAAUGUAAUGUAAAUGACUGUAGAUCAUUGGAAAGCAAACUUUGUGAUAUCUGUAUGCAAAUGAUCUCUCUUUUGGAAUGUAUCAAAAACUUUUAUUUUAAGUUACUUUUUAUAAUAUAUCUAUAGUGGAACAAGCACCUUUGUAAUGCAUGAAGUUCCCUCCCUUGUUUAAAGAGUGACUCCGUUUGUUUUUGUGUUUUUGUUUGUUAAUAUUUGGGUUUUUUUUAUUUAGCGCAUUAAUUAUUUUACACAUAUUUACAUUUAGUAUUAGAGCUAGUGAAAAUUCCAGAGUGUUAAACUCUUUUUUAACAGAUUUAUUUUGUUGCUUUUGUUUUUUACAUGUAUAUAAUCAAAAUACUGCAUACCAGUAGAAAAUAGUUAAGUUUAUUCCAGACAUUUGGCCAUUUCAUCCCUCUUCCUUACUGAAUUGACAUCAAAAUUCAAACUUCAGGUGCAUGCAUUAAUUUACAAUUUUCAGUACCUGUACCUGAUACAUCAUUGUUUUUUAAAAAAAAUGCAUUAAGAUAUGAAAAAUUGAGCUGUAAAUAUCGAGUUUGAUUUCCUUUAAAUAUAAAUCAACAAUAAAAUCUCAUUACAUUUUAAUGGAAUCCAGUACCAGUAAUUUCCCUGUAGUUCGAUCAGACAAGAGUUAUUACAUGUAGCAAGACAUGGCCCCAUAACAUGAUAACAUUGCAACAGCCAAUAAUGAACAACUAUAUGUUGUCAAUAGCUUGUAGAAUAUACAACGAUUAUUCAGAUUUUUAACAGCUUGUAAGGUUCUGGAGAAAGUUUUUUUUGUCUUGUGUUGCAAAAAAAAUAUAUAUAUACACUAUAAAUUUGCAGGAUAUAUAAGUAUAUCAAAAGAAGACUGUACAGGCAAUUUAUGAUGAAUGUAAUUCAGUUUCUUUUCUGUAAUUUGAUUUAUUAAGUAACUUUUCUUAGUUUUUGGGACUUAGUUUGUUUGGUGUAUUUCUUGUGUAUGCACGCUUUCUGAGUGCUAUAAUAAUUUUAGUGCCCAUUAUACACCUGUAAGUGAUCGGGGAUGUAUUGUGUUAUAACAAUGGGAGAAAGCAUCCUUACUGUGCUACAUCUCCAGCCCACAUACAUAUCAUGUUUUCCAUUGUUUUUUGUGACUACUGUAGAUGUAAUACACAUCUUUUUAUCUUAUUUUGAAAAUGUAAAAAAAAGAAUGUGUACAUGUAAUAAAUAAAAAUAUUCUUCAUA